GUGCUCGUCGUGCUUAUUUGUCAAAUCAAAGCUGAAUAUAAUUUUAGGAGUUGCUUCAGCAUGGAUACUGGUUGCCUGUCAUCUAUGAACAUAACGGGAGCCAGCCAAGCAAGAUCUUUUGUGGGACAACUUCCUACUAAUAGGUGCUUCAGAAGUAGCAGUGCCCAAGCACUGAAAAGCAGUCAGCAUGUGAACUCUGGCUUGAAAUCUUUUGUCUUAAGGAAUAAAGGAAAAAGAUUUCGCCGGGGACUGUGUGCUCUACAGGUUGUUUGCCAAGAUUUUCCGAGACCUCCACUAGAAAACACAAUAAACUUUUUGGAAGCUGGACAGCUAUCUUCAUUUUUCAGAAACAGUGAACAACCCAGUAAACCAUUGCAGGUCGUGAUCGCUGGAGCUGGAUUGGCUGGUUUAUCAACAGCAAAAUAUCUGGCAGAUGCUGGCCAUAAACCUAUAUUGCUCGAGGCAAGAGAUGUUUUGGGUGGAAAGAUAGCUGCUUGGAAGGAUGAAGACGGAGAUUGGUACGAAACUGGACUUCAUAUCUUUUUUGGAGCUUAUCCCAACAUACAGAACUUAUUUGGCGAGCUUGGUAUUAAUGAUCGUUUGCAAUGGAAGGAACACUCCAUGAUAUUUGCCAUGCCAAACAAGCCAGGAGAAUUCAGCCGGUUUGAUUUUCCUGAAACAUUACCAGCUCCCUUAAAUGGAAUAUGGGCCAUACUGAGAAACAACGAAAUGCUAACUUGGCCAGAGAAGGUGAAGUUUGCUCUUGGACUCUUGCCAGCAAUGGCUGGUGGCCAAGCUUAUGUUGAAGCUCAAGAUGGCCUAACUGUUUCUGAGUGGAUGAGAAAGCAGGGUGUUCCUGAUCGAGUGAAUGAUGAGGUUUUCAUUGCAAUGUCAAAGGCGCUUAAUUUCAUAAAUCCUGAUGAAUUAUCCAUGCAGUGCAUUCUGAUUGCUUUAAACCGGUUUCUUCAGGAGAAGCAUGGCUCCAAGAUGGCAUUCUUGGAUGGUAAUCCUCCUGAAAGGCUAUGCAUGCCUAUUGUUGAACAUGUUCGGUCUUUGGGUGGUGAGGUUCGCCUGAAUUCUCGUAUUCAAAAAAUAGAACUGAAUCCUGAUGGAACAGUGAAACACCUUGCUCUCAGUGAUGGAACUCAGAUAACUGGAGAUGCUUAUGUUUUUGCAACACCAGUUGAUAUCUUCAAGCUUCUUGUACCUCAAGAGUGGAAAGAGAUCUCUUAUUUCAAGAAGCUGGAGAAGUUGGUGGGAGUUCCUGUUAUAAAUGUUCAUAUAUGGUUCGAUAGAAAACUGAAGAACACAUAUGAUCACCUUCUUUUCAGCAGGAGUUCACUUUUAAGUGUCUAUGCAGACAUGUCAGUAACGUGCAAGGAAUACUAUGACCCAAACCGUUCGAUGCUGGAGCUGGUCUUUGCUCCCGCGGAGGAAUGGGUUGGACGGAGUGACACUGAAAUCAUUGAAGCAACUAUGCAAGAGCUAGCCAAGUUAUUUCCUGAUGAAAUUGCUGCUGAUCAGAGUAAAGCAAAGAUUCUGAAAUAUCAUGUUGUGAAGACACCAAGAUCUGUUUACAAGACCAUCCCGAAUUGUGAACCUUGCCGACCUCUGCAAAGAUCACCGAUUGAAGGAUUUUAUCUGGCUGGUGACUACACAAAGCAGAAAUACUUGGCUUCCAUGGAAGGUGCAGUUCUAUCUGGGAAGCUUUGUGCCCAGUCUAUAGUGCAGGAUUAUAAAAUGCUAUCUCGUAGGAGCCAGAAAAGUCUGCAAUCCGAAAUUCCUGUCGCCUCCUAGUUGUAGUUAGGACUAUUCCCCAUGGUGCGUGUGUCAUCCCCUGGUCAUUUUUUCUAUUCAGUGGGUGCCCAACCCCCACCAAUUCACACACGAGUGAACUUGAAAGGGGCCUAUUUUGGGCUUUUCACAUUUCUGUAAAGCUGAGUUGCGACUGAGAGCUGAUGCCAAUAUGCCAUGCUGGAGAAAAAGAACAUUUUGUAAAACGACCUGCAUAGUAAUUCUUAGACUUUUGGAAAAGGCAAAAGUGAUAAAGCUACUUUUUUUUCUCUA